AUGGCGUCUAUGAUUCGAGGUGUUUUAAGAAAUAUUAAACCUUUUACGCAAAAUAAAAAAAUAUUUUCCGAUGUACGAAAAUAUUGUCAGAAGGUUACCGAAAAUGGUAAAACAACACAUUUUGGAAAAUAUGUAAGUGAAUGUUUACCCAAAUAUGUUCAAAUGAUUCAAAUGACAUCUCAAGGAGAAUUAGAGAUUUUGAUAGCUCCAGAGGGAGUUUUACCUGUGAUGCAAUUUCUUAAAGAUCACCAUAACUGUCAAUUUGAAAGUUUGGUCGAUAUUGCUGGAAUGGAUGUACCUGGGAGGGAAUACAGAUUUGAAAUUAUCUAUAAUUUAUUGUCAUUGCGUUAUAACUCUAGAGUAAGGGUUAAAACAUAUACAGAUGAAUUAACUCCCAUCGACUCUGUUUACGAAGUGUACAGGGCAGCAGAUUGGUACGAACGAGAGGUAUGGGAUAUGUAUGGAGUAUAUUUUAAAAAUCAUCCAGACUUGAGAAGAAUCCUAACAGAUUAUGGUUUUGAGGGUCAUCCACAGAGAAGGGAUUUCCCAUUAAGUGGUUAUGUAGAAGUUCGUUAUGAUGAUGAAGUUCAAAGAGUUGUUUGUGAGAGUCUCGAUAAGACGCCUGCUUUCGAAAUUUUAUUUAGGUUUAACACGAUGAGAAUUUCUUAG